UCCGCUGGGGUCACUCUCCUGGGCUGCGCCCGGGUCGGCGGCUGCGGCGGCUGAGCAACGGGAGCCGAGAGGCGCGCUCCGCCGAGAGUUGGGCAGGGCGAGCCCGCGCCUUCGCGGCGUCAUGGGCCCCCUCCUUGGGCCACAGAGGGCACCAGCCGCAGGAACCCCCGGGCCUCCUCGCGGCCGAGCCUGAGCGACCCCCGGGUUCUCCGGCGUCCCCUCCCUCCGCCUUAUUUUCUUCCCUGCUCUCGCUGCUGCUGCCGCUUCAGCUCUCCGUUAUGGCAACGGAGCCGCCAUCCCCUCUCCGGCUUGAGGCGCCCGGCCCCCCAGAAAUGCGGACCCCACCGGCGGGCGAGACCUCCCGCGAGGGCACCCUGAAGCCGGCGGGCGGCAGGCUCCGCUUCCUCAACGGCUGCGUGCCCCUCUCGCAUCAGGUGGCCGGGCACAUGUACGGGAAAGACAAAGUGGGUAUACUGCAACAUCCAGAUGGCACAGUUUUGAAACAGUUGCAGCCACCUCCAAGGGGUCCAAGAGAGCUGGAAUUCUAUAAUAUGGUUUAUGCUGCUGAUUGUACUGAUGGUGUUCUUUUAGAGCUACGAAAAUAUUUGCCAAAAUACUACGGUAUCUGGUCACCUCCCACUGCACCAAAUGAUUUAUACCUAAAACUGGAAGAUGUGACCCAUAAAUUUAAUAAGCCCUGUAUAAUGGAUGUAAAGAUAGGGCGGAAAAGCUAUGAUCCUUUUGCUUCAUCUGAGAAGAUUCAGCAACAGGUCAGCAAGUACCCAUUAAUGGAAGAGAUUGGGUUCUUGGUGCUUGGCAUGAGGGUUUAUCAUGUUCAUUCUGAUAGCUAUGAGACACAAAACCAGCACUAUGGAAGAAGCUUAACAAAAGAAACUCUAAAGGAUGGAGUCUCCCGUUUUUUUCAUAAUGGAUUCUGCUUAAGAAAAGAUGCUAUUGCUGCCAGUAUUCAGAAGAUUGAGAAUAUUCUGCAGUGGUUUAAAAGCCAGAAGCAGCUUAACUUUUAUGCAAGUUCAUUACUGUUUGUUUAUGAAGGUUCAUCUCAGCCAACUACUGCAAAAUUGAAUGACAGAACUUUAGCAGAAAAGUUUUUGUCCAAAGGACAGCUCUCAGACACAGAUGUACUAGAGUACAAUAAUAACUUUCAUGUGUUAAGUUCCACAGCGAAUGGAAAAAUAGAGGCUUCAGUGGGCAAAAGCUUGUCCAAAAUGUAUGCUCGCCACAGAAAAAUGUAUUCAAAAAAGCAUCACAGUCAGACUUCGUUGAAAGUUGAAAAUAUAGAGCAAGACAAUGGGUGGAAAAGCAUGUCACAGGAACAUUUAAACGGAAACGUACUUUCCCAACUGGAAAAAGUCUUCUACCAUCUUCCCACUGGUUGUCAAGAGAUUGCGGAAGUAGAAGUGCGAAUGAUAGACUUUGCUCAUGUGUUCCCUAGCAACACAGUAGAUGAGGGAUAUGUUUAUGGGCUAAAGCAUUUAAUUACUGUACUGCAGAGUAUUUUAGACAAUUGAAUCCUUUGCUGCAAUCUUUUAAAGGGGUGGGGCAAUCAUAAUGAAGAGCAGCAGUUAAUAACUCUGCACUCGUAAUGCUGUGUAAAAAAUUUGUAUUGAGUCUACAUUUUAUUUGUCUUUAUACUUUUGGUAGAAGGGUUAACUUUUUUAUAAUCUUACUCAGGAAAACUAAUUAUUUGUUCUUUAGAAAACUAUAAAGAAUAAAGAAACUUAGGAAUGUUAAGCAGGGAAUGUGGUGGUACGUGGCUUAAACAUCUAUUUGGCUUAAGCAAAAUGCAAACCAUUAUUCAGUCAUUACAAGUUUAGUUAGCUUUCUGUAGCCAAUUUAUUGUGAAAUCUCUGUCCACCCAUCCUUAACAAUGAGCCAUAUCUAAACUCAUUACAUUAUUAGAACACUUUCAAAAAUCUAGAAAGCACAGGUUGAUAUCCUUAGUAUUGCUAUGUAUGAAGUUAUUAAAACUGGAGAAAAUUCUACAGAAAUAAGUACUGUUUCGGUUUUAUAUUAAAAGUUCAGACCAGCAUAUCAAAAGGUGCUUCUUAGAAGUAAAAUGGUUUAGAAUCAUUGUAUUCCAAAAGCAGAUUUUCACUUUAAUUUCCAUUUGUAUACAUAUUUCAAAAUACUUCUUGAAAAAGAUCAUUGAAAUGGACAACAACAACAACAAAAGUCUUGACAUUAAGGGCACUAAUAAUUAGUCUUGCCAAGGUUAGGGAAGAGAGAAGUUAUUUGCAAGGAACAAAAUGUUUUUCUUUUAAAAUCUUUAUGGGAAAAUUGGAAUUUUACUGCAUUGUGACAAGUAUUAUAAACCAUAUAAUACCUUUUACUGCAGCUUCAAAAAGGUGGAUGAUUGAAGCUCUUCUUCUUAUUUCUCCUUUAAAUAACUUUUGAGAGUUUUUUUCUUUUACAAUUCAUGUAUUUAUAUGUCCCCAUUUAGUUAAGCAGUGGUAUGGGUAUAUGUUGCUUAAAAGUGUUUCUCAGAAUUCUAAUAAGCAGUGAAGGACAACAUCCAGUAUUGUGAGUGUUAUCAAAAAUACUGUGUGUAUAUUAGUACAUCAUACAGAGUUUGGUACAUGUCUAAAUUCAUGCUUCUGUUUCAUUCUUAAAACAGUUGUAUAUCAUAUUCAAGAGAGAAAUUAUAAUUUAACUUCAUGGAAGGGGGGCAGUACUAUAUUUCUUGGAAAAAUUAGAUUUGUAAGUAUUAUCUCUGUUUCACAUCCACCCCUUUUAAAAAAUAACUAGUUAUUUAUUAUUGGAAACAUUCAGAACUUUGAAAUUAAAUUUGCAAAUAUGUUAAAUGUUUAUGUUUUAAUUACUUGCACUUUGAUUCACUAAUAAAACAUCUAAGUAGUUAACAGUUUUGCCAUAUUCCUGGAAAUUGUUUUAGACUUGUGAACUGUUAGACUGUUUUCCCCCCAAAAUUGCAAAUUAAACUUUUAAAUUCAAGGGCCUUUUUUUAGUGUGAAGGAAAGUAUCACAAUUUUAUGUUUAUCUCACCUUCCCAACCCUCUCUGAGUGUACUUUUGCAAGUAUCUGAGCACAAAAAAAAGUAACAGAUGCCCUAUGGAUUCUGUGCUUAGUAAAUUUAUUAGGCCUGAAUACCUUUAAAAUUCAUAUGCAUUUGUUAUAGCAAAAUUUGAUUAUUUAAAAUUUUUUAUUUAGAGUCAGUGUAGGUAUUUUCCAUAAGGACUUCAUAUUUUUCUCUGCUGCCUAAAUGGGUAUUGCCGUAGCUUUUUUUGUGGGGAUGAAGUUCAAGUCAUAGUUAAUAGAAAUUUUUUAGUUUUACUUUUUUUGUCCCACAGUGUAGACUUUUGUUGUUGUUGUUAUUUGGAUAGUGGUUCAAUAAAUCUUAAGCUCAUACAAUUUAAACACUAUUUUGAAUCUUAACAAAACAAGAGACUUUUUUUUUGUGUGGGGUGGUAUCAACCUAUA